UUAAUCAUCAAUACUUGUAUAUAUUUUUAAUCGGCAUUUUGUUGAACUUUGUCUUGAAAUAUUGACGCUGAAAUCAAAAUUUGUUAAUUUUCUCAAAUCUUCUAAUCGGAAUUAACAUGUGACUGUGUGAAGUGCAAGGUGCCUUGUUUACUAAUUUCUAAGAAUCUGAUGCGCGACAGCGUGGACAAGGAGAACUUUUAAAAGUUUUGCACGAUUUUUACAUCCUUUUGGAACAUAGUUUACGCUCUAGGAUUUUCAUCAUUGAACAGUUGCCAGAUUCAGCUUAGGUCAUGUCCGCUUUUAUGUUUCAUCUUCCUAAAUUUGCGUUUUGUCCAGACAAUUUUUUGUAUGUUGUAUUAUUUUACAUUGAGCCGUUACCGAGGAAAAAAAAAUAAAAAUCACUCAUUUUGCCAAAAUAUGAUACUAAAUUUUCUUAUUAGAGGUUCUCAACCAUCAUCGACGAAGAUUUGAAACACUUUUACACCCUGAAGUUUAAAUCUUCGGGAUAAGGGCACAUUUAUGAUUUAAUUGUAAAACUAAAAAUGAACUUUUAAUACCAAAAAACCACAAGACACCAAAUAGUUUCUAAGCAAGUGGGACAAUCAAUUUUGCGCCCUUGGAGGAGAAAAGCGGACAUGACCAUAACACUUUCAUCAGAUUUGACUUCGUUUAUAUGAACUUUAGUCAUGAAAUAUGUUAAGUGAUGAUAUAAUGACCUUUUUCCGUAUGUACGUAUGUACUUGAUAUUAGGAAGCACCAUGUAUAAUUUUAAAGUAAGCAGGGAGCAACAAAUGUGUGGCAAAUAAAUUGAUUGAUGAUUAAAAUAAAUAACGACUAAUAAUAGAAUAACAUAGGCCAGUUAACUGAAGUGCGCGAUCGAUGCUUAUACUGAAUACUGACCGGCGAAAGCAAAUUGCAGUCUUUCCUUGACCAGCAGACAUCAGCCCCAGUAUAUUGCUGCAAAUAAAUAUGGAAUUUAUCGCCAUUGUAGUGCUGUGGAUGGUUAGUUUUACAUUUGCUCGAAUAGAAUACAACGUUAAAAGUCGGGCAGAAAAACCAAUUUACUUCGAACAAAACGGGGUCGAUUGGCAAUUCGAUCCUGACAUAGACCUGGAUGUGCCCCAGAUCAUUCGAAGACACGGAUACGCUUCAGAAACGCACGUAGUUGAAGGUAAAGAUGGGUACUUGCUGAAAUUGCACCGGAUUCCUGGACCUAAAGGGGCUCAGCCGGCUUACUUACAACAUGGACUGUUGGGGAGUAGUGCUGAUUGGGUUUUGAAUGGAAAUACAACUCUAGCCUUCUACCUAGCGGAUAAUGGAUAUGAUGUCUGGCUAGGCAACGUUAGAGGCAAUACGUACUCCAGAGCACAUGUUUCGCUACCAGUCGACAGUGCCCAAUUUUGGAACUUUAGUUGGCACGAAAUGGCCAUCCAAGACUUGCCGACUAUUCUAUGUCAUAUCAGCACAUCCACUGGAAAAUAUGGAGAGAUAAUCUACAUUGGCCACUCAAUGGGCACAACCAUAUCCUUCGUCCUGGCCUCCACUUUACCCGAAGUAGCUGAAAACCUCAAGCUGAUAGUGAGUCUGGCCCCGACGGCUUUCAUGACACACUUACGGAGCCCCAUUAAAUACUUGGCUCCUUUCACGGAUGAUAUUGCCUGGAUUUCACGGCACCUCGGAAUCAAAGAUCUGGCCCCAUCCAACAAACUAAUGAAAUUUUUAUCGUACGAGUGUGAAAUCAGCUACGGUAAAGAGAUUUGUCAGAAUUUGCUUUUUGUGCUCGCCGGAUUCAAUAAAGAUGAGUUUGAUAUAACGACGUUGCCGAAAAUAAGUAGCCAUGAUCCAGCUGGGGCCUCGACCAAGACACUGCUGCACUAUGCUCAAGAGAUUCGAAACAAAGGCAAUUUUCAACAGUAUGAUUACGGGCCUACAGGAAACUUGGAAAAAUACGGCACAACAACACCUCCAUUGUAUAAAUUAGAGAACAUCAAGCUACCGGUAUAUUUGGUUUAUGCAAAAAAUGAUAUAAUGACUAGUUAUGUGGAUGUGGAAAGCCUGUCUAAGAAUUUGACGAACCUGGCAGGCAUGUACUUGGUUCCCAGUGAUACUUUUGGUCAUGUAGACUUUAUUUUUGGAAAGCAUGCUUAUCAAUACGUGUACAAGCCCUUGGUUCAAUAUUUGAAAAAGCAUGCUGUCGAUUCCAAUGCUAUUAGGAAACCACAGAAGCCACUUAGUAUUUCAACUUGCCGGGCAAUGUAAAAUGUGUGUAUGUUUUAAUAAGCUUAUAAACUGAUUUGCUGAC